UUUCGAAUACAAGCUGAAGCCGAAGCCUUUUCGGACUCGCGAAAGUACCAUUUUUUUGGGUACUUUUUCUCUUAUUUUCAGUCCGAACUAAAAUUUAUACAGUUGCAGUGAUUCUGUGUUUAGUAUAUUGUCAUUAGUUUUGUUAAUAAUCGCAUCAAGAUGCUGAAAGACAAAGAAGUCGCCGAGAAGAAGGCUACCAAAGUCGAGAAAGAAGAGCUGUCCGAGGAAGACAAGCGCUUACAAGAAGAAUUGAAUAUGCUAGUGGAAAAAGUGAAGGGCCCAGAUGCUGCCUUGUACCUUCCAGCAUUAGAAUCACUACGAACGCUAAUUCGCUCAUCAACAACUUCAAUGACUAGCGUUCCGAUGCCCCUGAAAUUCUUGCGUGAUCACUAUGGAACUUUGAAAGAGGCUGCAGAAAACAUGAAAGACAAGAAAGCACAAGACCUCUGCUGCAGUAUUGUCAGUGUGCUUGCCAUGGGUCAAGAUCUUCGCGACUCGCGGGAGUCGCUCAAGUACUGUCUGAAGGCUAAUCAGACAGACGUCGGAGACUGGGGUCACGAAUAUGUUAGGCAGUUGGAAGGUGAGCUCGCUGAAGAAUGGGAUCUCCAAGAGACGGAAGCAGACAAAAUGAAAUUGCUGCCUCUGAUCGAGAAUAUCAUCCAAUUCGACAUGAAGCACAAUGCAGAGAUCCAAGCUUGUGAUCUUGUAAUGGAAAUAGAUCAGCUAAACUUGUUGGACAAAUAUGUAGAUAAAUCUAACUAUCAGCGUGUUUGCCUGUACUUUUUGAAUUGUGCGUGGUACGUGGACGAAAGUGAUCGCGGUAACAUUUUGAAGCUGAUAAUGGAUUAUUACAUGCGUUUCCAGGAGUAUCCUCGCGCAUUGUGCCUUGCAAUGCAGCUUAAUCAAAUUGAUGUCAUGACUGAUAUCUUCAAUCAUUGCUCAGAUCCCAUCAUGAGGAAGCAGUUAGCAUACAUGGUUGGUCGCCAGCAGAUCACUUUAAAUUUGAGUGAUGACCUUGCAGACAGUCAAGACUUGAUAACGAUAAUGUCAAACACGCACGUCAAUGACAAUUUUCACACUCUGGCCCGUGAGCUGGAUAUCAUGGAGCCGAAAACUCCUGAUGAAGUCUACAAAACAUGGUUGGAAGGACUCGUGCUACGUCCGACUUACAACUUGGAUGUUCCUGUUGAUUCUGCACGACACAAUCUAGCGUCUACGUUCGUCAAUGCUUUUGUGAAUGCUGGUUUCUCUCGGGAUAAGCUUGUAUCGGUUGAAGAUGGAAACAAAUGGAUGUUCAAGAACAAACAACAUGGAAUGUUGAGUGCUUGCGCAUCGCUAGGUCUCAUUCACUUGUGGGAUGUUGAUGGCGGUCUGACUCCUAUUGAUAAGUACCUCUACACAGCCGAAGAAUACAUCAAGUCUGGUGCUCUGCUUGCCCUUGGUAUCGUCAACUGUGGAGUAAGGAAUGAGUGCGAUCCUGCUUUGGCCCUCCUGUCCGAUUAUGUUUUGCAUGAAAGCGUUACUUUGAGAAUUGGAGCUGUGCUAGGUCUCGGACUCGCAUAUGCCGGCACAAAAAGGUCCGACGUUGUAUCCCUUCUUUUACCCGUAAUGACAGACAAGAAGUCAACAUCAGAAGUGGUUGCCAUGACUGCUCUAGCUUGCAGUUUAAUCACCGUCAGCACAGGAGAUUCAGAGGUUGUCUCGACCAUUCUUCAAGUUCUGCAAGAUAUGCCAAAUACUGAGCUCCUUCAAGGGCCGUACACAAGGUUUUUACCUUUGGCCCUUGGUAUUUGUUGCUUAGGUAAAAAAUCAGCAACGGAAGCUGCAGCCGCUGUUCUAGAAGUCUUUCCAGAUCCAUUCAAAUCGAUGGCAUUAGUUACAUUGAAAAUGUGCGCCUUCGCAGGCACUGGUGAUGUUUUAGUUGUUCAAGAUUUCCUGCAUAUUUGUAGUGAGCAUUAUUCUGCCGACAAGAAAGAGGACAGCAAGGACAAGAAAGAUUCUCCGAGCACAAGCGGGGGUUCCAGCUCAAGCAGUGAUAAGGACAAGAAGGAUUCCAAAGAUAAAGAUAAGGACAAGGAUAAAGAUGACAAAAGCAAAGAUAAGAGCAAGGACUUGUCAUCGAAGCAAGCUGUGGCUACGUUAGCAGUAGCGGUUGUCGCCAUGGGUGAGCAAGUAGCCGAAGAAAUGACGACAAGAAUCUUCGGCCAGCUCGGUCGGUAUGGAGAACCAACUGUCCGUCGAGCGGUCCCUCUAGCAAUUGCGCUCUCCUCAAUAUCAAACCCGCAACUAAGUGUAAUAGAUGUCUUGAAUAAGUAUUCUCACGAUUUAGAUGAAGAAGUAGCUCACAAUGCUAUCUUUUCAAUGGGUCUUGUAGGUGCUGGAACCAACAAUGCUAGGUUAGCUACUAUGUUAAGACAAUUAGCCCAGUACCACGCCAAAAACACUGGUCACCUAUUCAUGGUACGAAUUGCGCAAGGUCUUACACAUUUAGGAAAAGGAACGCUAUCUCUCUGUCCAUACCACACAGAUAGGCAGAUCAUGAACCCUGUAGCCGUAGCUGGAUUAUUAAUCACAUUGUUUAGUUUUCUGGAUACGAAAAAUAUUAUUCUAGGAAAGUCUCAUUACUUACUGUACACUUUAGCAACUGCCAUGUAUCCUAGAUGGCUUGUAACUCUCGAUGAAGACUUAGAGCAACUUCCAGUUUCUGUCCGAGUAGGCCAGGCUGUGGAUGUCAUUGGAAAAGCUGGAACACCCAAAACAAUUGCCGGUGUGCACACUCACACAACACCCGUUUUGCUUGCUGUUGGCGAGAGGGCUGAGCUGGCCACAGACGAAUACAUACCUCUUACACCUGUCAUGGAAGGUUUUGUCAUUUUGAAGAAAAAACCACAAGAUGCCGAGUAAUCAGUUUCAACUGUAGAGACCGAACAUUAAACCAAACUGCUUCAACUCCAUCCAUCAUUUUCUUGCAAUUUAAAUAACCAAGUUGUCGAGAGGUAGCUGCAAUGUGGAAUUUUAUUUAUGGAUCAGAAAAUGGAAGAAAAAAUUUUCUGUGAUUUAGACUCUCCUCAAAGUCUGGUUUUAAUUCGAAAGCAGAUUUGUUUUGUAAUUAUUUUGCAAAUUGUAUGUAAAUUAACGAAGAAUAUAAAUCUAUGUUAUUGUUCAACAGAGCUUAACUGGCUUUGACCUCAUAGGAUUUUCGGGAUCCUGUGUUUUGGGAUUACGACAAUUGUAUCUCAACGCGCACUUUCUUCUUGGCUCGAAGAUGUGCGUAGAAUGUUUUAAUGCAUUUUCUAACUGUACUAACUAUUUUUUUAUAUUUUGCCCUUUAGGAUUAAUCAGUUUUUUUAGAAAAAGAUUAUGAAAUAAAAAAAAAAAAAAAAAUUA